CCAUGCCUGGUUAGGAUGUGCAGUAAAGAGAAACUGCUGGAGGAACGGGUGGAAGGUGCUGAAACCUUGGCAUACUUGAUAGAACCUGAUGUGGAGCUACAGAGGAUUGCCAGCAUCACAGAUCAUCUUAUUGCAAUGCUUGCUGAUUAUUUCAAGUAUCCUAGUUCAGUCAGCGCAAUCACAGAUAUCAAAAGGCUUGACCACGACCUCAAACAUGCUCACGAACUCCGGCAAGCUGCAUUCAAGUUGUACGCCUCCCUUGGAGCGAAUGACGAAGACAUCCGGAAGAAGGUGAGCCUAGGAUAGGGGCUUCCCCGAUCCUGGCAACCAACAGGCAGGGAGUGACGUCAACCUGACAACAAGGUGAAGAGAAUUAACAGUGACUUUGCGAAAGAGCAUAAUCAGAUCUGAAGAAUGAAUGGGAUUGAGACUCGUUUGUCUAGAGAAAUGAGUUGUGACAUGUUCAUGUUGGAAUGACAAGUACUGGUGUUUCUUGUGUUGAACCUGCACCAGAUCCUUAAGUUACCUUCUUUGCAUGAGUUCGUAACAGUAGUAACAAAAUGAGCACUGUGAAGUAUAGUGUAUAGUACUGACUCACAUAAUGCAGUAGUUCUGUAAUGCAGUUAUAUAAAUGCUUGCCUACCUACCUGCUGCAAACCGGAAGUACUCAGCUUCUGUUUUUCUGUAUCACUUUUAAUUUGUGGCCUGCUGAUGUGUUCAUUUGUGUUGCUGAUGUGCAAGUUUAAUUGUAAAUAAAGCUUUGUGCAAUGACA